GACUUUUUAACACUUUGGCACGAACUCGUGUUUUUGAGUUAGUUUUGUGCGGUGUUAAACCAAGGUUUUGUGUCGUAACAGAUUAUUCGAGAACGGGCUGUGAUUAGUGUUUGUAGGCUUAACCUAUUAUUAUUACGUAGAUAAUGUUACAGUUACAUACGUAAGGUGGAUGUCUCACAUAAUUUAUACAAAUCACUUUAUAUGUUUCAUGCUAUCUGAGAUUGUAUCAUUCAGGAUAUUUUACCUUGUUGUAAUAGGUAGUCCAACGAUUAGCAGCUUGGCUCGCAAAGCUUCGACUUUCUAUGAUGGCCUGAUCGAUAAAUGACUAAAUACCAUCUAGUAACACCAUUGCUACUAGUUUAGCUAGGAACGAGAUAACUAGUUGCAGUUAUCGAUUUUCAGGCAUGUCAAACAUACCCUAAUGAGUUAAAGACAAUGCUCAGCGUAAGAUUGUUCAGUCACUCAAAUAUUUUUGCUGUGCCUAGAUGCAUCUUGCUUGUUUAAUAUGAUUACUUUGCCCGUUGGUAUUACUAAGUACACUUCACACUUAUGACGUAGGCUAUGUAGAAUAGCGCGAAAGAAUGAUGUUUCAGCGAAUGGAAUUUUUUAGACAUGUAUAGUUUUUAUUGUCCUCACUAAAAUAUCUUAAUCUUUUUUAAUGAUUUAGUGGCUUUUCUCAAGUAUCUUAUUCAAUAUCUUACGAAUAUGUAGGUUGCCUAUCCCUUAGUUAUCAUUCAUGUUGUUUCGCUGAGCCUAGCUUAUAAAACAUCAAGACUUCCGUUUUCUUAUCUACCAUCCUGCUUGGCAGAUGUAUUUUUAUGAGUGUUUUAUUCCAGAGAGUUGACAAGAUGUUAUGAGUCUUCUGUAGUCCUGAACGAGUUGAUACAAUUUCAAGGAGGAAUAUCAGGUUGUUUGUGUAUUAUCUGUCUGACAGGAUUCACUGAGUAUCUUCAGAUGUUUCGUAUUCGCUUGUGACAAACAUAUAAAAAUAUAUGGUCCCACUUUUGAUUCUAACCUUGGGAUCGUUUGUGCAACUACUUUUUGCCAGUGUAAACAAGCUUCAAUGUUUAUUUAGGUUUAGUAUCAGUUUUUAUAUUUUCCAGUCGUAAAAUCAGGCUAACGUGUCUGCGGCGAUAUGACUCAAUCUUAUGUUGUGAUGACCCCAUUCACUUUGGGGAACAUGAAAAUUAUUCGCUUCGAACGUACACACAACUUGGAUGAAAGUAUGGUUCAUCACAUCGCUGGUGGACAACAUUCUGGUAUUAUAAUAAAUAAAGAAUGCAAGUUAAAAAUGGAACCUAUGGAUGUACCAGAAAUGCAGUUGCAAUUUACGUGCAUUAUGUUCAACAAUAGAACUUCUGAAACUCAUGCGGAAAACCGUUGUUUAAAAUUCUGGUUCAGCAAAAGUGCUCAACAAUUUGAUCGUUUGGAUGAGUCAUACGACUUUUUUAGGGAACUUAUUGAUCCUGAUGCAUUUCCAAGGGACUAUGUUGGUUUUCUUAAAAAGGUUCUAAAGCUGAUGCAUGGAAAUCGUUAUCUACGUCUUCGUCGUGUAGAUUUGGACAUUAUACCUUUAGACAAACUGGAACAAGAGUCCUUAGUCCCUGAGAGAGACAAUAAACCAACUGAACAAGUUAUACGUGAAUCGUUGCAGAUGAGAUUAGAAGAAGCUUAUCCUAAUGUUUUAUCCAUGGACGACCUUAUUCGUAUUUUAGAAUGUGAUAAUCGUGCUUUAUUACAAGUUCAAUUGAAUGAAUUAGUCGACCGAGAUUUGAUACAAUUGGUACCACUGGAAGGCAAGCAUGUUGGUCAAUUCGGUUUCCGAAGAAAAAUUCAUCUACAAAAUCAUGUUGUCAGAGAAAUGAAAGGAGCAAAUCAUAUGCAACAAGUAUCCACAUCUGAGAAGCCUACAAUUGCAAUUAUCACUAAUUUGCUUUGUGAAAAAUUAGCUGUAGAUGCAAUGAUGGAACAGAAGACAACAUUUGUUCGUUAUAAAUCUGAGGGUAAUUACAUGUAUAUUUAUACACCCCAAUAUCUUUUCCUUUCUAAUAUUUUAGGUGAAUCACAUGUUUACACUAUCGGGAACAUAGGACCACAUAAAGUCAUUUCCACAAAACUACCUAUGGUUGGACGUGAACUUCAAGCGAAAAUUUCCUCUGGGAGUAUUACAACUCGGCUGCUUGGAGCAUUCCAAGCGGUGCAGCAUGUGUUUCUAGUAGGGGUUGGAGGUAGUGUACCUCACGUGUAUGAAUUUGAAAAACAUUCUCGCCUGGGUGAUAUUGUAGUGAGUGCUGUGGCACGUUCAAGUGGAUUGCAUUCUUCAGCUAUGAACAAUCAUACAAAUCAUUCUGUAUCGAAUGAUGUAGGAGACUCUAUCUACAUUUACUGUGAUCGAUUGAUUGAACCUCCGGAAGAUGCAGUUGAUAUGAAAACGCCAAGAUUUGUUUUAAGAAAGUACGCUGCUCGAGAUCCAACUUUAGUGAGCUGUGUAGAGAAAGUCCUUGAUCGCUUCGAAGCAGCUCCGGAAAAAUGUGAAUGGGAUCAGAUUUUAAAGUCUGCUUUGAUUAUACUAGGUGGAGAGGAUGAUCCCAUUGAUUUUGCUCGACCAUCGCCUGAUACAGACAAACUAAAACUUAAAAUCAACGAAGGUGUAACAUUCGAUAUCAAGCAUCCGGAUGUGCCUGAAGAACUGGCGCGUUUCUACCCACCAGGCGUACCAGCCGUACGCCUUGGUUGUAUGGGAUCUGGCAGACCAGUUACAGAUAAUGACGCAUUGAUGAGUGACUUUGCUAAAGAACACCACCUACUAUGUUAUGAUGCUGAAUACGAUCAAGUUUUGGAGUCCGUCAUGGGAAACGGCCUUGACUCGUUUAUUCUUAUUCGUGGAAUAGCUGACUAUAUGGAAGGGAGACAAGGUACACAGUGGCAACCAUAUGCAGCACUUGCAGCGGCAUCUUUUAUGAAGUCUAUAAUUCUACAACUGCCGCUGAUUCCAAUUAACGAAGACUGAUGGAAAAGCUUACUAUAUCCUAGGAAGUUCUUAUAUGCUUGACAUAAAAACUACGUUAAUUCACCAUACAUCACCUCUUGUACAGUUCGAUAUCUCCCACAGUAUGAUUGCAACAUACAUAACUUUCCAUGCAACUUUAUUUUUCUUCAUCACACAUGUAAACAACUGAAAUAAAUUGCCAUGUAUUGUAUGAUAUAAAUAUAUUUAGUAUCACUAUC